AUGCACAUUAUGGCUGCAUCCAUUUUUGACGACACCAUUAGACUCGACAAAAAACAAAGGGUCAUGCAUGAGAGCAAGGCGGAAUUGCUGUCAUUGAAGGAGGAUUUGACCCGUGGAAAGGCCACAAUUUCUGCUUCGCGAACUAAGUUGCCCGAGCUCGCCAACACACUGGCCUUUUAUAUGGAACUGCGGGAGUUCGUGCGUGAUGUGAUUUCUUGCUUCAAUGAAAAGAUGCUUAAAAUCGAGUACAUGAGUAAACGCUCCAUCAUCCUGUAUCGUGAGCGGGCAGACACCUUGAUGGCUAGGAGGCGCGCUGAUGUCGGAGAUAUGGCUGAUGAGGCUGCAGGCCCUGCUUCCAGUGGGGAAAAUACCAUGGGUCCAAAAGCAAUGGAGGCGCGAAAACGGCGCAAGGCUGACAGAGAAGCUCGGUGUGCAAGGCGGCGCAGACAGAUGAAACCUAACGAGGCCUACGAUAAGCGAAUUGAAGCCACAAUCGGCGUGUCCUCGCCCUGCGAGGGCGUUAGUUCCGAUGACGAGGAGCCACAAGCUGUUAUUGCCAAACGUGCAGCAGACUUUGGCGAUAUAAAGAGGGACGCAGAACACCUUUUUGACGACGUAGUGGAGGAGUACUGCAGUAUUCCUGCUAUUCUCCGACGUUUUCGUGAGUGGCGUGAGCGAGCGGUGAGGAGCUACGGGCAGGCCUACAUCCCUCUGUGCCUGCCACAACUUCUGGCACCCCUCAUUAGCCUUCAAAUUCUUACUUGGAACCCUCUUGAGGCCAACUGUCCUUCCUUCGAUGAGUAUGCCUGGUUUGGGUGCCUCCUGGACUACUUUGCAGACCUCCAGCAAGUGGAAGACCUUGAAGGAGACGCCUCGGAGGAGGGAGAUGCACAACGGAAGGUACUCCUCACUCUCGCCACCUCCCCUGAGCACGAACUCGCUGUUAUCCCUCUGGUCAUUGAGAAGGUCCUUCUGCCUCGACUUACAGGUCUGUUCAGUCUGCUUUCACUGACGUAUAAUUGGGAGAUUUAG